AUGGCAACCCCUCGACCGCCGUUCCUUUAUCCGCAGCUGCUCCGCUCGGUCAGGGCCUAUCAGGGCAGCGCUCGUUCUCUGCGGAUUCAGCUUUCCUCACCCGCCACUUUCAGUCGCAACCAAUCCACCGUUUCCCGCCGGCAAGCUCAGUCAAUAGAAUCGAAACUACCUCCGCCGACGCAGCCAAAGAGAAAAUCCGCAAGGCAGGCGAGUAGCUCGUCGGUCAAUCGAAAUGCGACUCCAAAGGCUCGAAAAGAUGCCUCAAAAGAGAACUCGGUCAGCCAGGAUGCUAAAGGUGGAAACAAGGAGGAUAAUACUACGAAAAGCACCCAACCUUCAGAACCGCCUACACAAACACCUGCAAAUAAUGAGGUGAAACCAGACGCCUCAAAAGCUGCAGACUCAAUCCCCCAAGACGUGCCGCCACCAAAAAACCCCAUGGACUCCGUGCUACAGAUGCCACCAAAUUCGGACCUGGGUCUUGCGCGGGUACCGUCAAGAGGGCAAGAAGUUCCGCACCUCGACCCGGCGCCGUACAUCCAUCACUUCGAUACAUACACCCUCGUCAAGAAUCUACAGGAGGGUGGAUUCAGCGAGGAACAAGCUAUCACCGUGAUGAAAGGCAUUCGCGGCAUUCUACAAGAAAAGCUGGACUUGGCCGAGGCGACUCUGACGUCAAAGUCAGAUAGCGAAAACGAAGAGUACUUGUUCAAAGCAGCAUGUUCCGAGCUGCGGUCGUCGCUGGAGGCGUCUCGACAUUUGGAGGUUGAACGACAGCGAACCUCCCGAACACAGUUGCAGCAUGAAGUAGAUAUACUGAAUCUGCGAAUCACCCAAGAACUGGCGAAAAUGAAUGAUGAUCUCAAAGGGAUGUGGAAUGACCACAAGAUGACGACGCGAGAACAGCAGCAGAGUCAAGACACGGGUAUUCAGGAACUCAACUACAAGAUUGCGGUGUCGCUGGCAAGUGAUGGAAAAAGCGAGGCCGAAGGGCUGAGAUGGGUAUUGACAAGGCGCGCUGCGUUUGCCAUUGUCUUUAGUGCUAUGAUGGCCAUUACGUUCUUGAAAUUCUGGUCUGCUCGCACACACGAGUUGGAAAGGAAACAAGCCGUUGCAAAAGAGGCCGCCAAAGUUGAGUCUGUGAAGGAUGCCGCUGUCCAGACUGAGCUUCCGCUCUCCGACACGCUUGUGAGUGAGACAUUGGGAUGA